UGUUCUGGCUUGAACUGCUGUGGGUAGGGGGGCGCACUGUCCGGGGAUAAGAGAAGGUAUCCUGGUAUGUUCUGACACUCGGAAGAGGCUCGCGGUAAAAUAAAUGGACUAACAAUAUUUUGCAUCGGCUACUUAGCAUUCAGCAGUAUCAAGCAUGGCGGUCGAAGACGAAGGGUUUCGAGUUUUCCAAAGCGUCAAAGUAAAAAUCGGAGAGGCAAAGAACAUUCCACCCUACCCUGGACCCAAUCGCAUGAGAGACUGCUAUUGCACUGUGAACUUGGACCAGGAGGAGGUGUUCCGAACCAAGAUCAUCGAGAAGUCCCUAUGUCCCUUCUACGGAGAAGACUUCUCCUGCGAAAUACCACGAAGUUUCCGCCACCUGUCCUUCUACAUCUUCGACAGAGAUGUCUUCAGAAGGGACUCAAGCAUUGGCAAGGUUGCAGUGAAGAAGGAGGACCUCCAGAAGUACCAUGGCAAAGACACCUGGUUCCAGCUGCACCCCGUCAGCGCAGACUCAGAAGUACAGGGAAAAGUUCAUCUUGAGCUGCGUCUGAGUGAAGUCAUCACCGACAGCGGAGUCGUCUGCCACAAACUGGCCACACGGGUGUUGGAAUGCCAGGACUUACCCAUCGUCAAUGGGCAGUGUGAUCCCUACGCCGCUGUCUCCCUGCUCGGCCCCUCCAGGUCAGAGGCCAAGAAGACUAAAGUGAAGAGAAAAACCAACAGCCCACAGUUUGAUGAAGUAUUUUAUUUUGAGGUGACCAGACCCCUGAGCUACUCCACGAAAAGGCAGUUCGACGUGGAAGAGGAAGAUGUGGACAAGCUGGCACUGCGGGUGGACUUGUGGACUGCCAGCAACUUGAAGUUCGGAGAUGAGUUCCUCGGUGGGGUACAGGUACCACUGAAGGUUCUUGGCAACGAUGGAGUCCAUGAUGCAUGGUACUUCCUGCAACCAAGGGACAAUGGCAAUAAGUCGCUGAAGGCAGACGAGCUGGGUUCGCUCAGGCUCAACAUUGUUUACACAGAGGACCACGUCCUGCCCUCGGACCACUACGGACCACUGCGGGACCUGCUGCUGCAGUCAGCAGACGUCAAGCCUGUCUCGUCGUCUGCGGCCCACAUCCUGGGGGAGGUUUGCAGAGAGAAGCAGGAGGCCGCCGUGCCCCUGGUGCGCCUCUUUCUGCACUGUGGUAAAAUUGUGCCCUUCGUCUGCGCCAUCGCCCAUGCGGAAGUCAACCGCACCCAGGAUCCCAACACAAUCUUCAGAGGAAACUCACUCACAUCGAAAUGCAUUGAUGAGACCAUGAAGCUGGCUGGCAUGCAUUAUCUUCAGGUCACCUUGAAGCCAAUCAUCGAUGAGAUCUGUACAGACCACAAGCCAUGUGAAAUCGAUCCUGUCAAAUUGAAGGAAUCAGAGAACUUGGCGACAAACACUGAGAACCUGCGCCAGUAUGUGGAUCGCAUCUUCAACGUCAUCACCACGUCUGGAGUGCGCUGCCCGACCGUCAUGAGUGACAUCUUCUUCUCACUGCGGGAAUCUGCAGCCACACGUUUUCAAGUGGACCAGGACGUGAGGUACACGGCAGUCAGCAGCUUCAUCUUCCUCCGCUUCUUUGCUCCAGCGAUCCUCUCUCCCAACCUCUUCCAGCUGCGGCCGCACCAUCCGGACCCUUGCACAUCCCGCACGCUCACACUCAUCUCAAAAACCAUCCAGACUCUGGGAAGUCUCGCCAAGUCAAAAUCUGCCAACUUCAAAGAGUCCUACAUGGCUGCAUUCUAUGACUACUUCAACGAGCAGAAAUAUGCAGAUGCCGUGAAAAACUUUCUGGACCUGAUAUCCUCAUCUGGACGCUGGGACCAGAGGAGUAUUGAGACGCCCAUCGUGCUGAAAGAAGGCAUAAUGAUUAAACGAGCGCAAGGCAGAAAUCGCUUUGGGAUGAAGAACUUCAAGAAGAGGUGGUUUCGGCUCACAAAUCACGAGUUAACAUAUCAUAAAUCCAAAGGUGAUAACUCCCUCUGCAGUAUUCCCAUUGCCAACAUCAUGGCUGUGGAGAGGCUGGAAGAGGAAUCCUUCAAGAUGAAGAAUAUGUUCCAGGUGAUUCAGCCGGAGCGUGCACUCUACAUCCAGGGCAGCAACUGCGUGGAGGCUCGCGAUUGGAUAGACAUCCUGACCAAGGUCAGCCAGUGCAACCGCAAGCGCCUCAUGACCUACCACCCCUCCGCCUACCUCAACGGCCACUGGCUCUGCUGCAAAACCUCCUCCGACUCCGCACCGGGAUGCACACCCUGCACAGGAGGGCUGCCUGCCAAUAUCCAGCUGGAUGUGGAUGGAGACCGCGAGUCGGAGAGGAUCUACGCCCUCUUCAGCUCCUACAUGUUCAAACUGGUCAAGAUGCAAGAGGCGUGCGGGAGUAAGUCGGUGUACGACGGGCCGGAGCUGGAGGAGUACUCGAGCUUCAUCAUCGACGACCCCCAGGAGACCUACAAGAUCCUCAAACUCAUCAUCUCCGCCGUGCAGGGGCUGGAGGGCCACCACACGCAGUACAGGCGAGACCAGUUCAAGAAGACCAAGUAUGGCAGCCAAGAACACCCGAUCGGUGACAAGAGCUUCCAAUGCUACAUCCGCCAGCAGUCGGAAAGCUCCACCUACUCCAUCUGAUGCUGAUGAUGAGGAUGAUAAUGGUGAUGAUGAAGAGCAGGCAUCGCAUCUGAUGAUGGUGAUGAUUUGUGAUGAUCAGACAUCACAUGGUGACACAGGGUUGCAUGGAUGGAUUCGUUUCCUGUGAAGGA